AAAGGGAAAAUCUCACAAUCGCAAUAUGGCCGCGAAGUGGAUAAAAAAAUUUUGCCUACUUUUAGUGUUUUUAAACACAGUAAACAGUGUUCCGUUUACUCAUUGGCAUAAUAUUCAAGACAAUGUCGUGGUAUUCAUUGAUGAGGAAUAUAAAUAUAAUUGGUUUGAAGCGUGGAAUGAAUGUGCCUCGAAGAAUAUGUCGUUGAUAACUUUGGAUUCGGAGGAAAAAGAAAAAAUGUUAAUUAAAUUAUUGCGAGAAAUCAAUGCUACACGUAAUCUUUGGUUGGGCGCUAAUGAUCUAGCUGAAGAGGGUAAAUUUAUGUGGGCUUCUACUGGGACAGCAUUGGAUUAUUCCAACUGGUCUGUUAACAGUCGCAAUUAUCGCAAUAAAACGGAUUGGCUUCCUCGUAAUCCUGAUAAUUAUGAAAAUAAGGAACAUUGCGUUCAUUAUUGGAACGAGAGCGACUUUGAAUGGAACGAUAAUGUAUGCGAUACAAAAAUGGGCCUGAUCUGCGAAGAACAUCCUAUUGCACAACUACUAAAAAAAGAUCUUAAGGCUCUCUUCGAAUUCUUUCAGAAAGGAUUAGGGAGUGGCAGAUUUAUUCUUAACAAGAAUGUCUUUCAUAAUUAUUCGAUCGAAAUGAAUCGUAAAUUGAUAGAAAUAUUAGUACUUUUCGCGGCCUUAUCAUAUACCGUCGAUAGUGUAUCGGUUAAUAAAUGGUUUAAAGCUCCAGACGGUUCAAAUUUGUUUAUUGAUAAAGAUUAUAAAUACAAUUGGUUUCAAGCAUGGAAUGAGUGUGCUUCACGUAAUAUGAGUUUAAUUGCCUUGGAUACGCCAGAAAAAUGUACAGAUAUAACGAGUCUUUUAAAAGAAAUUUUUCGAUCGCCAGGUAAUUUUUGGUUGGGCGGUACUGACUUAGCAGAAGAGGGAACAUUUGUUUGGGCUUCGAGUGGUAAAAAACUCGAUUAUACCAAUUGGUCUGCGAAUAAUCCCGACAAUUACCAAAAUAAAGAACAUUGUGUUCAUAUUUGGGAACAAAGCGAUUUUGAAUGGAACGAUAAUGACUGCAAAGUAAAGAUGGGUAUAAUAUGUGAAGAUAAUCGUUUCAGUCUACCGGGAUAAUCCUUAUAAUAUUGUCGGCGAAGCACUUGUAUAUAUUUUUUUUUGAUGAAAAAUAAUUUCAAUUUCAAUUUUAGUAAACUUGAAAAUCUGAACCUUUUCAAUAUCCUUUCCAUCCUUUUCAUU